UCAUCUGAAGUAGUUAGCGUGUUAUGUGUGUUCAUCAUUAUUUCGUUUACUUUGUGUGAUUGCUUUGUUACUUGUUGUUAGCUGUAUUUUAGUCUUAAAUUUGGUACCAGCCAUCAUGUCUGCAGUAUGUUUUGGAACAAAAAAACAAAAGCUGAACAAUUCAUACAGCAACCACAUUGAGCGACCUAUAAAUGGUUACCAAGACCCAGUGGCAAUACCCGAUAUGUGUUACUUUUGUUUCGAUGUAUUGUACUGUCAGCUGCAUAGUAUGGACCCACCACAAACGCCUCUGUUCACCAACGAUGCAUAUCCCCUUUUUGUUACGUGGAAGAUUGGCAAGGAGCAUCGGCUCCGUGGAUGUAUUGGGACCUUUAAUGCAAUGCAUUUGCAUACAGGUCUCAGAGAGUACGCAAUAACGAGUGCGUUGAAAGAUUCUCGUUUCACUCCAAUAACGCGCGAGGAGGUACCCCGCCUGACCGUAUCGGUGUCUAUCCUGCAGCAUUUCGAAGAGGCAGAGCACUACCUCGACUGGAAGCUGGGCAAGCACGGAAUCCGCAUCGAGUUCAUCAGCGAGCGGGGCUCCAAACGCACUGCAACCUACUUACCUCAAGUUGCUACUGAGCAAGGUUGGGACCAAGUACAAACAAUCGACUCCCUCCUCCGGAAGGGGGGUUACAAAGCCGCAAUCACUUCGGACAUGAGACGGAGCAUCAAGCUCACUAGAUACCAAUCGGAGGAGAUCUCCGCGAACUACAACGAUUACAUAAACCAGCGUUGCUAGCAAAUGCCUCCCCCGGGUUUCGGGUACUACAGGACCGAGCGGCUAAACCGGACGAAUGCGAGUGACUAUUGUGUUAACAAUGUAGUUUAUAAGUAUACUGCGCCUAGUGUACCGUACGUCGCGUGGCACACAAGUACAGCGGGUCAGAAUUAUGCUCAAAGUGGUUCCGGAAACAGUUCGUGCUUCAUCGACAUGGUGUAAUGUUAAUAAAUCACUGCCAACGACAUUCCCCAAGGCGGGCGACGAUGCCAUCUAUGGAAAUGUGACGACUGUCCAGGGUACAAAGGCAUUUUGUUGCGAUGGUUUUGCUUUACUACGCUUUACUACGACUCACUGUUAGUAGAGCUCGGUGACCUCUGUCAUUAUCUCUAGACAGGCUGUUGUCUCUCAUUGAUUGACUCCAUUUUGAUGUUUAAUGUUUUUAAGCUGUAAACAAGUGCUUAAGGAACUAACAUUUGAAUGACUGAAAAUAUUGUAACUAAUAUUAGUCCCAGAGUACUCUGUAUGUCAAAUGGGGUCAAGAUAACGGCUGUUAUUAGGGUAAUGACACCCAGUCCAGUUAAAAUAAAAGAGGUCAGUGUUUUACAAGGUGUGAAUCGUCCUUAAUCCGAAGGGCCUUUGCACACUGCGCGUUGCGCAUGGAUGACGAUUGACGUCAUUAAAAAAAACACUCAAUGUAACAGGGUUAGCGUAGAUGGGACAGAGUGUUAUCAAAGCACGGAUGUAUUUACAAUGCACACUUCCCGCGACACUAGCAAAGAUCUUUGGAAGACUGCAUACAAGCGAUUUAUCGGCGUAUGCAGUUCUUCCAACUUAUUGUCGCUGUUGAUAUUUUCUCUGUUCUGUCAUCUCUACAUCAUACAUCUAUAUAAAGAUCUGACGAAAAAUUCUCAUCCCGUUCCGUCCGUUUUAAAAUAAGUACGUUUCGUAUGAAGCGAUCCUUAAUAAGUGCAACCUUUGCAGAUGUCCAUACAGACGCU